CAUCUGUUUUAAAAAACAUACAAUGAAGUGCGUCUUGCCAACGGUCUGUAUUCAAGUUGUUAUGAAAUAAAUCGCAAUUAAAGUACGUUAACCGAUAUAAUAUGUUUCAAUAAUGGCAGAGUGAAAUGUAAACAAAGGUAAAUUUGAUGUAUGUCUUUACAUGCAACUCUUCCAUGGUAUUUAUCAAAUGCGUAUGAACAGAUAAGCUUUUUAUCCACAAUAUAAAAAAUUCAAAUGACGUUAAAUGAUCCAUAAAUAUGGAUCCACAUAACAGCUGUCACAUGUGACACAUCAUGUGUGUGUUCGGCUCAUCAUGAACGACUCGGACCAGGACUUCACCGACAUCUGCUCUCGUCUCCUCAAAAGAGUGAGGAAGAAAGGAGCAGGAGGAUCUGGAGAUGAAAAGAGAUCAGCAGUCAAGGAUGAGGAGCCAUCCUCCUCCUCUUCCGAAAGAAACCCCCCAAAGAGGAGAAAGAAGACUAAGGAUGCUACUAAGAGUCAGAUCAACGGCAGGACUCGGGCUGUAGAGUCUGGUGAUGUUUCCCAGCGCGUUCCUGAAGUGUCUGGCAGAGGGAAAGUCAAAGAUGCAGUGAUCCAGAGAAUGCAGCGGUUUAAGAGAGCCAGUCCAGAGAGACUCUUGCAUGCAGAGACCAACCAGCCCACAACCACAGAGUCUGAUGGAAACCAUCCCACCACUAUCGGGAUCCAGCAGACAGAAGAUGCGAGUGGCGAUGAAGCCCUGGCUCUUCAGCUUCAGCAGGAGUUGGAUUGUGAGGCUCGGGCCGCUGGAGACGUGGAAGAUGAAGGGUUGUUCUUCUGCCAGCUCUGUCAGAAAGAUCUGUCAGCCAUGAGCCCCCCGCUGCGCACUCAGCACAUCAACAGAUGUUUAGAUGCAAGCGAGAGCAGCGCUCCUUCAGCAUCCCAUCAUUCACACCGUAGACCACGGGUCCCAGAGUGUCCCAUUUGUGGAAAGAGUUUUAAAUCAGAAAAAAGCCGAUCUGUCCACUUAAAGCGUUGCUCAACUAAUUUGGGUGUGAAACCAAAUGAUCUUCUCCAGGCUCUGAGGAGACAGGCUGCUGAGAGAGCGAGCGACAACACCACCGACCAAUCACAGCUACUAGGUAGUGGUACGACAACUCGGAGGGAUGGCAUGCCUUUAAAAAAGAGAACCAGGAGGAAAGCCCAGAAGCUGGACGAGGACACCAUGGUGGCGCUGGCUCUGUCUCGCUCUAUACUCGAGCGGGAAAUGGAAAAGGAGCGAGAGCUGGAGGAGAGGGAGAUACUGGCUCAGCUCUCCAGUCCUCCUGCCUUACAGUGGAAGCCUGGUGCAGGUAAGGGCCGCGGGAAGAGAAAGAAGGGAGUGUCUCCUGUCCACCCACCACUUCUCCUCAUUCAGGACCCUCAGACGGCACUGAACCGUCUACAGGAGCGGGUUUCAUCUCUCCUGCUUCGUUCCAGAUCCCCCUAUCCGCCAACACCAACCCUAUCCCCCUCCGCCCUUCCUCUUCAUCCUCACGCCCCCCUCUGGGACAAAAGUGCUCUUCACGGAGGAGGACCAGAUUCAGUUUCAGAGUUCUACACCUCUGAACUAAGCAACUUCAUACAGCCAUGGGUUGCACCGGAGAGGGAAAAGGGCAAAUCUCUUGAAUUAACUCCAAACAAGAAACCUCAAGCUGUGACCUUAGAGGCUGAUUCAGUCCAGGAAAAGCUUUCAGAUCAGAGCCCAGCAAAACACCAAACUACCCGACCUCUCACCCCCUGUUCGGGUACACCAGGUUCCCAGGCUCUGCAGGACCUGAUUGAGCUUGCAGAGGAAGGCAUGACCCUCACCCAGUAUGGAUACACAAUGUAUACAGCCGCAGGGGACAAGUCAGUUAGCGAUAAUGCUGUGAAUGAACUUCCCUCAAGUGGAUUUGUUCCAGAGACAAAUGACAACAAGUCGCCUAAGAAAACCUCAGUGUACGUUUCAAAGCUAGCAUCAGAUCUGAGCAGCAUGCUGAACAGCCCUCAACUCAGUGAUGUGCAGUUACAGGUGGACAGUGGGGAUGUUUUCUUCACGCACUCGUUUAUGCUGUACACACGAUGCCCCCUGCUGGCCAACAUGGUUCAUGACUCAGGUUUUGGCGUUCAGGAGGAGGGUAUGCCUGUCGCUCAGAGGGUGUUGUUGGGUAAUGUGCUUGGGGAGGCAGUACUGGCCCUCCUGCAGUAUCUUUACACAGCCCACUGUCCUCUAACACACACUCUGCUACCCCACAUACAGGAGCUUGCCGAUAGAUUUGGUUUGGUUGAGCUGCAGCAGCAGUGUGAGGAAUAUUCUGGAAGUGUAGAGGAAAACCCAAGAGAGGAAUCUGAAGGCAUGUUUCCAGCACCUGAGCCUCAUCUCAGGGACCAAGAAGACCAGAACUUGGCAGAAAGCAACUUCUUGGAGCUCCUCCAAUCAAUGUGGCAGCAUGGGGACAGCGAAGAAGAGGAUGACUUUAAAGAAACUGCCGGAGAGGAAAGAGACAUGGAAGAGGAGCGAGAGGGAGGACAUGGAGAGAAAGAGGACCGGGUGGAUGAGGAAGAGCUUGAUGAGAUCUAUGAGUUUGCAGCGACACAAAGGAAGAUAGAGACGGUGUUGGAGACUGCGACCGAGGAAGAGGAGGGAGAUGCAAAUACAUUCCUCGGAAAUGAGAAGAAGGAGAAAAAUGAGACAGAAUCCCUUUUAGAGAAAUCUGCCGGCAGUUGCUAUAGUAACAAACAAGGCGCUGAUGGGACGGAGGCUGCCAUGGUAACAAGUCCAACAGAAACCCUUAAAAACCCCAAUUCAGAGACUGAGAGAGCUUGUUUGAUUCCAGAAUUAGAUGAAAACAGAGACUCAGAUGCCAGUCUAGACAAGAGUUAUGACGGUUUAUUCUCCCAGUCUGUAGGGGAAUACAUGGAACCGUCACAGACGCAAGCGUCCUGCUCUCAGCAACAAUGUUACAAGCCAUCAAGCACACUACAGCAAAACACACCCGCCCCAUUUCGCCCUUCAUGUGUCAGUGAGGUGACUGACCUGUCUAUAAGCCCUCCACCAAGCUCAGGUGUGUCAGGUGAGACUUCCUUCCCCAUGCCUGGAGUGUCUCCUGUUCUACAUGAGGGUGAAUAUACAGGUACGUCUCCACUAAGAAAAGACAGUUCAGGAUGCCAGGGAAUUGAAAACCCUCCUUCCCCUCCAGAAUCUCAAAGCAAGCAGGUUGAGCUCAUUGUUCUCUCAGAUUCCGGUGAUGAAAUGUAUGUAGAUAAUGGUGACCAAAAUGCUGCUACCACUAAACGUGCUUUGACUCCUCCGUCUCCUUGUGAAUCUCCCUUAGAACCUCCUCAGAGGUCCACAAGCUAUGCUUGUAAAGUCACAGAGAACAGUUUCAAAGAAUCUGGAUCCCAAGGCCAUGCCGGCAAACAGGUAGAUGUUUCCAAGCAGAUAGAUACUGAUAUAGAAGCAACGUCUGACCGAUCAGAGCACUGUAGCCCCGGGGUUGAGAAUGAAAGUGUGUUUGAUGGCUCUGCCGAGGUUUCCUGGCUGAUUCCAGCCACUCCGGUACCAUCCACACACUGUAGCUCUGCCCAGACCUGCAUCAGCAUGCGCCGAACCCAGCUCUUCCCCAAGUCAUCGUCCUCUUCUUCCUCUUCCUCUGUCUCGGAGGGUUUAAAAUCUGCUAGCUCUGCUUCUUCAAGCAGCAGCUGCCUAAAAGAGAAACCAGCAACAUUGUCCACAUUGCACAAAUCAUAUCAGAGUCCCUCUAAAGAAUGUCAUAGCAUUGAAACAGAUCGUUCUCCAGGCUACCAGAGACCACUUCACCAUCUAAGACUGUCUCAGGUUUCUUCUACAGGUGUUUCUGAUGGCUCCCACAUUGGCAUCAUCAUGGGACAUCCAACACAGGGUGUCCCCAAGCCCUCCAGUAGCACUCCUCUCCAUUCAGACUCUUCCUUACAACAUCAGAUCCCAUUUUGCUCCCCUAUGGUUGACGACCGUAAGGUUCAGCUUAGGAAUUGUAGAGGUAAUUCUAGAUCCUUCGGUAGGCAGGGGAAAGUUGACCUAGUGUCUCUACAACUGAGUUCUCCUAGUAAAACGCCUGAGAAGCAGCAGAGUAGCUCUCUUCAGCAGGGAUGCUCCAGUCCGUCCCCGAACUCUCCAAGAUACAUUCAUCCAGAAAGUUUGAGAGAGAGUGAGAACGAUGGGAUAGAACGAAUGGAAUUGGGAGAGAAUCCAAAUCAAAGUGUUGAAGAAUUGCGGGAUAUUGCGGGAAACUCCUCCUGUGACAUGGAUGAGACUGGAAGAGGAGUGAGAGAAGAGAAUCCAAAUCAAAGUGUUGACGAAGUGGUUGAUAUUGCAGGAAACUCAUUUUGUGUCAUGGAUGAGCCUCCUAUAGCGUUUGAUGACUCCUGCGGUUUGGAUGGAGGGGUUGGAAGCCAGAAGCCCUGCUUUAGUCUAAGACUUGACAGCAGUGGAGGUACAGUCAGUCCACCAGGUCUCGAGGGUAAGGGACCAACGUCCACGUCUCCUCUUGCAACUGGAGCUUGUAACAAAAUUCCUGAUCAAAGUCCAGGUCCAUUUAAUCACAGCCUACCUGACCCUGACAUGUGGGAUGAUUGGGAGGAAGAGGAGGUUGCUCCCCUUCCUCUUUCUCAGAGAUUGACAGCUCCCUCUGCCAAGAGAGUUGCUGAACUAAAGACUCCAGUUGCUUGCAGAAAGAGGAAUAAAGGACCGCUGGUGCCCAUCACUCCCAUGCCAGGCUUCUCUGAUAUGGACACACCAGAGCUCAAAAACAGACUCAACAGGUUCGGUGUGCGUCCGCUGCCCAAGAAGCAGAUGGUUCUGAAGCUGAAAGAGAUCCAUCAAUACACCCACCAGCUGCAGAGCUCAGAGUCUGAGGAGGAGACCUCUGGACCCCAACGCCACCCGAAUGCCUCCAACUUCCAGUCUGCUCCGCUCUGCUUUAAGCAGCCUACAGCGCCCCCUGCUGUCUCACCUGUGAAACUGCCGCCAAGUGAAGAAGAUGAGCUUUUAUCAGCCUCUCAAAACUCGAAUACAUCCUCCACUGCAGAGUCCGAGAGGUCGAACCCAGAGCUGUGUGUGUCAGAAGAUGACGACUCGGACAGCGAGGGCAUCACGGCGUCUCAGGCUGUUGUGCGCGAGAAGGACAAACUCCUCGCAGUUCGUCAGUUCAUCCUAUCCGACCCCAAGCUGUACACCCGAGUGCUGCAGUAUCAGCCUCUCUCCCUGGCGGAGCUGCGGUCCAGCUUGAAAGCGGCGGGCAUCAGGUUAGGUGCUGCUAAACUACUAGACUUCCUGGACUCUCAGUGCAUUACCUUCAGUACGGCCAAACAAGGCCAGAAUGCAUCUUCCCGCAGGAAACGACGUGUGAAAACGACAACCAGCGGUGGUGCAGCCGGAAGAGGGAGGAAAAAAGCAGCUAAGCCCAGUGGAGGAAUUGCAUGAGGGCUGCAAUAAAAUUAUGUGGUAAAACUACACGAUUUUAAGAAUAAGUUGUUAAAGGACAAUAAUGGUCUUCAUCUUUUCAACUAAACUGUUUCUGAUAAACACGUCUGAUACACA